UACCCCGCCCGGACUCCAGCCAGUCCGCCUGGAUAUUUACACCGCCGGUGUUGUUAAACGGAGCAACUUAGCCACAAUGAUGGCUCUUCUGGAUCUUGCCAUGCAAGGUUUCUCUAUAUUUGGAUUCAUUCUAUUUUUGGUACUCUGGUUUAUGCAUUUCAUGUCCAUCGUCUAUGUCCGACUCUAUCUCAAUAAGAAGAGCAUUGACAAGCAGCCCUACAGUAAGCUGGCGGGGGUCUCUCUACUGAAGCCUCUGAAAGGAGUAGACCCCAACCUCAUCAAUAACCUGGAGACCUUCUUUGAACUCGACUACCCCACGUUUGAGAUCCUACUCUGUGUACAGGACCAUGACGACCCAGCCAUUGACGUUUGUAAAAAGCUUCUAGGAAAAUAUCCCAACGUUGAUGCUCGGUUAUUUAUAGGAGGAAAGAAGGUCGGCAUCAACCCCAAGAUAAAUAACCUGAUGCCGGGUUAUGAAGGGGCCCAGUAUGACCUCGUGUGGAUCUGCGACAGCGGAAUACGAGUGAAACCGGACACUCUGACCGAUAUGGCCAAUCAGAUGACUGAGAAGGUGGGGUUGGUUCAUGGCCUUCCCUACGUGGCCGACAGACAGGGCUUCGCUGCUACACUGGAGCAGGUGUACUUUGGCACGUCCCACCCACGCUCCUACAUCUCAGCCAACGUGAUGGGUAUUAAGUGUGUGACAGGGAUGUCAUGUUUGAUGAGGAAAGAUAUCUUGGACCAGGCUGGAGGGCUCAUAACCUUCGCUCAGUACAUCGCCGAGGACUACUUUAUGGCGAAGGCCAUCGCUGACAGGGGAUGGAAAUUCUCCAUGGCAACGCAGGUAGCCAUGCAGAACUCCGGGUCCUAUUCAGUUGCUCAGUUCCAGUCCCGUAUGAUCAGGUGGGCCAAGCUUCGUAUCAACAUGCUCCCCGCCACCGUCUGUGAGCCCAUCUCAGAGUGUUUCGUAGCCAGCCUUAUCAUUGGCUGGGCCGCGCAUCACGUGUUCCACUGGGAUAUUAUGGUCUUCUUCAUGUGCCACUGUCUGGCGUGGUUCAUCUCUGAUUACAUCCAGCUCCGAGGAGUUCAGGUACACACACACUGUCUGGCGUGGUUCAUCUCUGAUUACAUCCAGCUCCGAGGAGUUCAGGGCGGUGCGCCGGCCUUCUCCAAACUGGACUACGCUGUGGCCUGGUUCAUCAGAGAGUCCAUGACCAUCCAGAUCUUCCUGUCGGCCCUGUGGGACCCCACCAUCAGCUGGCGAACGGGGCGCUACAGGUUACGAUGUGGGGGUACGGCCGAGGAGAUCCUGGAUGUAUAGCUACCAGCUUAAGUCCACCUACAGGGACACAUAACCCGAGUCCUAUCACCCCCAGGGGCCAGAGACAAUACCAGACACAGACUGAUCAGCAUCCCUAUAUAGUCAACUACUUUUGACCAGGGCCCACACUUGCCCAUAUUUUUCUGCUCUGGUUUAAGGUAGUGCACUAUAUAGGGAAUAGGGUUCCAUAGGGCUCUGGUUUAAUGUAGUGCACUAUAUAGGGAAUAGGGUGCCGUUUGGUAUACGGCCAGAGAGAGAUGGCAACAUUGAGUGGAAGAAAAUAAACUACCAGCUGUGGGUGUGAUGGCUAGAAGGAAACUACCAGCUGUGGGUGUGACUGCUAGAAGGAAACUACCAGCUGUGGGUGUGAUGGCUCAGAAGGAAACUACCAGCUGUGGGUGUGACGAGAAGAAG